AUGGAGCCAGCCAUCGUUGUGGGUGUCCUGAAGUGGAUAAAGACAAUGCUUAUAGGGAAAGAUUCGUUCUGGUCGAUUAAAGAGAAUAUUACCAAAGGAUCGUGGAUGUGGAAGAAGAUACUCAAGUAUUUUCAUAAGAUUGAGGUUUGUAAUGGUGAGUCAACAUCCUUUUGGUUUGAUAAUUGGUCCCAAUUGGGUCGAAUAUAUGAUAUAAUUGGUCCUCGGGGGACUAUAGAUAUGGGAAUUCCAAUUUCGUCAACAAUGGCAUAUGUAUUUGAAAKCCAUCGUCGCAGAGGCCAUCGAGCUGAUUAUCUUGAGAUGAUAGAGGAAACUGUUGAGAAACUUAAGUCGCAGCGCAAGCAUGGAAAGGAUGUUUCGACAUYGAAGUGCUCAAUCACUAUCUAUAAAACUCGAUURGCAASGAGAAGCACAUGMCAACUCAUCCGAACAGCCCAACCAAUUGAGAGUUGGUCUCAAGGAGUGUGGUUCACAAACAACACGCCUAAGCACGCAUUUCUCACUUGGUUAGCAAUCAAAAACCGACUAGGAACAGGUGAUCGCAUGAGGCAUUGGGGUUUUGGUCAGAUUGUUGAAUAUAUUUAUUGUUGA